GCAGCACUGCAGAGACAGCUAAAAUUCGCCGCUCUUUUGAAGUUUGGUUUUUGUGCAGGCGACAAUUUUACGAAGGUUUUAACUUUGUUUACCAGCGGAAAACUAGCAUCAAAACAUGUCCAAAGAGGAGGAAACCGCCGUAGAGGCGAAAGAUACUAACGAAAACUCGAAUGAGUCCAAUUCCGACACUACAUCGUCCAACACAAAGGAACCGGACUAUGAUGCAACGUUGGAAACUGACCGCAGCAAGCGGUUCGAUUUUCUGCUCAAGCAAACGGAGAUCUUUGCCCAUUUUAUGAACUCGGCACCAAGCAAGAACAGUCCACCGAAAGCUCCGCGUGGUCGCAAGCCAAAAGUGGACAAAAAUGCUGAUCCGGGUGAUCAUCGGCAUCGCAAGACGGAGCAAGAAGAGGACGAAGAGUUGCUGGCGGAAACUAACCAAAAGGCAAAGACAUUGUUCCGCUUCGAAGCUUCUCCGCCGUACAUUAAGGCCGGCGAGAUGCGUGACUAUCAGAUCCGUGGCCUGAACUGGAUGAUUUCAUUGUACGAGAACGGCAUCAACGGUAUUUUGGCGGACGAGAUGGGUCUGGGUAAGACAUUGCAGACUAUCUCGCUGUUGGGAUAUCUGAAAAACAUUCGGAACAAUCCGGGACCGCACAUCGUGAUCGUGCCGAAAUCUACACUCCAAAACUGGGUGAACGAGUUUGAACGCUGGUGUCCAUCCAUCCGUGCAGUGUGUAUGAUUGGUGAUCAGGAAACGCGUAACAUAUUCAUCCGGGACGUGCUGAUGCCCGGGGAAUGGGAUGUUUGCAUCACUUCGUACGAGAUGUGCAUUCGGGAAAAAUCCGUGUUCAAGAAGUUCAACUGGCGUUACAUGGUUAUCGACGAGGCGCAUCGUAUCAAGAACGAGAAGUCAAAGCUGUCGGAGAUUUUGCGUGAAUUUAAGACGGCAAAUCGCUUGUUGCUGACCGGAACACCGUUGCAGAACAAUCUUCACGAGCUGUGGGCGCUGCUUAACUUCUUGCUGCCGGACAUUUUUAAUAACGCCGAAGAUUUUGAUAGCUGGUUCGAUGCGAAUCAGUGUUUGGGAGAUAAUUCACUGAUCGAGCGUCUGCAUGCCGUGUUGAAACCGUUUUUGCUGCGUCGUCUAAAGUCUGAGGUCGAAAAGCGACUGCUGCCGAAGAAGGAGGUGAAAAUCUUUGUAGGACUGUCGAAAAUGCAGCGUGAAUGGUACACGAAGAUCCUGAUGAAGGACAUUGAUGUGGUGAACGGAGCGGGCAAGGUGGAGAAGAUGCGUCUGCAAAACAUUCUGAUGCAGUUGCGAAAGUGCACCAACCACCCGUAUCUAUUCGAUGGAGCGGAACCGGGUCCACCGUACACGACCGACUACCAUUUGUUGGAGAACAGCGGCAAGAUGGUGGUUCUCGACAAGUUGCUAAGGAAACUGCAGGAGCAAGGAUCUCGGGUGUUGAUCUUCAGCCAGAUGACGCGUAUGUUGGACAUCUUGGAAGAUUUUUGCCACUGGCGAGGCUAUCACUACUGUCGACUGGAUGGACAAACGCCACACGAGGACCGUUCGAACAUGAUCGCUGAUUACAACGCGGAAAACAGCACUAAGUUUAUCUUCAUGCUGUCGACACGUGCCGGUGGAUUGGGUAUCAAUUUGGCCACCGCAGAUGUGGUCAUCAUCUACGACUCUGAUUGGAAUCCACAGAUGGAUCUGCAAGCCAUGGAUCGGGCGCAUCGUAUCGGGCAGAAGAAACAGGUGCGCGUGUUCCGACUCAUCACCGAGAACACGGUGGAGGAGAAGAUUGUCGAGCGGGCGGAGGUGAAGCUGAAGCUGGACAAGCUCGUAAUUCAACAAGGUCGACUGGUGGACAACAAAACGAACCAAUUGAACAAGGACGAGAUGUUGAACAUCAUUCGUUUCGGCGCGAAUCACGUGUUCCAGUCUCGCGAUUCCGAGAUCACCGAUGAAGACAUUGACGCUAUUCUUCAAAAGGGCGAGGAGAAGACACAGGAACAGAUGGCAAAGUUGGACAAGCUGGGUGAAAGUUCGCUGCGCAGCUUCACGCUGGAUGCGGAGAAUCUCGAGAACCGAUCGGUGUAUCAGUUCGAGGGUGAAGAUUAUCGCGAGAAGCAAAAGCUGCACACCCUUGGAUCCUGGAUCGAACCGCCAAAGCGUGAGCGUAAGGCAAACUAUGCGGUCGACGCUUACUUCAAGGAAGCUUUACGUGUAGCCGAACCGAAAGCACCGAAAGCGCCUAGACCACCGAAACAACCGAUCGUACAAGAUUUCCAAUUUUUCCCGCCAAGACUGUUUGAGCUGCUCGAUCAGGAGAUCUACCACUAUCGUAAGACGGUUAACUACAAGGUGCCGAAAAACUCAGACUUGGGUACGGAAGCGAACAAGGUUCAGCGUGAGGAACAGCGCAAAAUUGACGAAGCCGAACCGCUCACGGAAGAGGAACUGACCGAGAAAGAAUCGUUACUAACGCAAGGUUUUACCAACUGGACAAAGCGAGACUUCAAUCAAUUUAUCAAAGCGAACGAAAAGUAUGGACGGGACGAUAUUGAAAACAUUGCUCGUGAGGUGGAGGGUAAAACGCCCGAGGAGGUAAUGGAGUACAGCACGGUAUUUUGGGAACGUUGUCACGAACUACAGGACAUUGAUCGUAUCAUGGGUCAGAUAGAGCGUGGUGAGGCAAAGAUUCAACGCCGUGCCUCGAUCAAGAGGGCGUUGGACAGUAAGAUGGCAAGAUAUCGUGCAGCGUUCCAUCAGCUUCGCAUAGCGUACGCCAACAAUAAGGGCAAAAAUUACACCGAGGAGGAAGAUCGCUUCCUGGUGUGUAUGCUGCACAAGCUCGGUUUCGACAAAGAAAAUGUAUACGAAGAGUUACGUGCGGCUGUUCGGUCUGCUCCACAGUUUCGCUUCGAUUGGUUCCUAAAGUCGCGCACUGCGCUUGAACUACAGCGCCGUUGCAAUACGCUCAUCACCUUAAUUGAGCGCGAAAACCAGGAAAUCGAAGAGAAGGAGCGAUUGGAAAAAAAGAAGAAGACCGGAGGCGGAAAUGUGGCUGGCGGAGGGGGAGGAGCUGUUGGUGGUGGUGGAACUGGAGCAGCAAAAUCAAAUCAAAAACGCAAAGCCGAUGGUACUCCCACAGCAAACGACAAGAACAAAAAGAAGAAAAAAUCGUAA